UGGGAGAAAAGUGGUGUAUCAUUAUUCUGGACAGUAAUUUCUUGUCAACAAAGGAGAACGGAUAUUAGUAAUUCAAUUACUUUGUCAUGAUGAAAAAGUAGUAGUAAUAUAUUUUAUAAAAAUGACAAUGACAUAUUUCUUGUCCAUCACUUCAUUGUUUAGUAAUCCUAAACCUUGCUAAACCUUAUUUAAGUGACAAAUUUCUGCUAAAAGAUUAACAACUUUUUUAAUCCUAAAUUAAGUAGUUGCAUAAUCUAACUCUUCAAUAAUUUCAUCAAAUUGCUGAGUCUAAUUAUAGUCAAAUUUCCUUUCUUGUUCUUGAAAAUUUUUAACACUAAUUACCAAUGGAAUCAUCUGUUUCAACAAAUCCACUUAGCAAGAGUGCUCUUAAGAGAGUGAAGAAGGCAAAGGAUAAGGAGCACCUGGAACAGGAAAAGAAGGCUGCAGCAGUAGCUAUAAGUCAAGUGGAGCAUCACAAUAUACCUGAGAAUGAUAAUUUGGAUCCUACUCAAUACUUGGCGAACAGAUUGAGGAGAAUUGAAUUGUUGAAAGAAUCUGGAAUGAAUUCAUAUCCACAUACAUUUCACAUCACAAUUUCUAUCCCUGAAUUUGUCUGCAGAUAUGCUUAUCUAAGUGCUGGAGAGAAACUUGAGGCCAUUGAAUUUGAAACCUCCUUAGCAGGGAGAGUAAUAAGCAAGAGAGCAUCAUCGUCAAAACUCUAUUUCUAUGAACUGCUUGGUGGUGGGGUGAGAGUACAAGUACUGGCUAGUGCAAGGGAUUCAGAUAUGGAUGAUGUUGCAUUUUCUAAUUAUCACUCGGGAGUGAAGCAAGGUGACAUCAUUGGUGUCCGCGGAUAUCCUGGGAAGAGUAAGAGAGGAGAGCUAAGUAUCUUUGUGAAAUCUUUUGUAGUACUAGCACCUUGCCUACACAUGCUGCCAAAGCAUUUCGCCUCCUCCGUCGUAGAUGAAACUCGGACACAGAGUUUCCAAGGAACAACUGCUAAUGAUACUUGGAUUCCAGGAGAUGCAAGAAAUCCUGAUUCAUAUGUGUUGAGGGAUCAGAAAACUCGGUAUCGUCAAAGGUACUUAGAUCUAAUGAUGAAUCCAGAAGUUCAAACUUUAUUCAGGACUCGAGCAAGAAUCAUUUCUUACAUCAGGAGUUUCCUCGAUAAUCUUGGGUUUCUGGAGGUAGAGACUCCUGCUAUGAAUUUGACUGCUGGAGGAGCUUCAGCAAGACCAUUUGUUACUCACCAUAACGAGUUGGACACAAAGCUAUUUAUGUGUGUUUCCCCCGAGCUUUAUCUUAAGAAGUUGGUUGUUGGUGGAUUUGAUCGUGUUUAUGAGACCGGGAAGCAAUUCAGGAAUGAGGGAAUGGAUUUAACUCAUUCUCCUGAAUUCACAAAGUGUGAAUUUUAUAUGGCCUAUGCUGAUUACAAUGACUUGAUGGAUUUGACAGAGCAGCUACUAUCAGGUAUGGUGAAGGAACUAACCGGAAGCUACAAAAUAAGGUACCAUGCUAAUUGCUUGGAUAAUGAACCGGUAGAAAUUGAUUUCACUCCUCCAUUCAGAAAGAUUGAUAUGCUGUCGGAGUUGGAGGAAGUGGCUAACAUCAGCAUACCUAGAGAUCUUUCCAGUGAAGCUGCUAAUAAGUACUUCCUAGAUGUAUGUGAAGAGUUUGAUGUCAAAUGUCCUCCACCUCAAACUACAACAAGAUUGCUCGAUAAGCUAGUUGGACAUUUUGUUGAAGUGAACUGCAUAAAACCGACUUUCAUUAUCAACCAUCCUGAGAUCAUGAGCCCUCUGGCAAAAUCGCACAGAUCAGAACCUGCUAUGUGAUGCCUAUACUGAACUAAAUGAUCCUACAGCACAGAGAGAACGUUUUGCUGAACAAUUAAAGGUUUCUUUGUAACAUCACCCUUUCUCUGUACUAUCAAUAGGAUCAAUUAUAACACAUCACACACUAAUACACCGGAAAUACAAAAACAAAGAAACUCCACGAUAGAACUACCAAAAGAAAAUAGAAUGUACUGGAAAUCAGAGCUCUAAAUGAUUCAUUUUGGACUCAAAAGCAAGGACUUAGCAGUUCUUGUAGAUCUAAUUCCUUGAAAUUUCAUCCAGUAAAAUGGAAGAAUUAUACAACAACAACAAACCCAGUGUAUUCCUAUAAAGUGGGGUCUGGGGAGGGUAAAAUGUACGCGGUCCAUACCACUACCUCCAAAGAAGUAGAGAGGCUGUUUCUGAUAGACCCCGACUCAAGAUAAAGAAUAGUAAACAAGAGCGUAAUGAAACAUGCCAAAUAUGUGCAAAACAGAAAAUAAAAAAGUUCACAUGGAGAGUACAUGGAUCAGAAUAUCUGGCUUGGAUUUCCACAGUGAAAGGAGGAAAUAUAUGAAAAGCGCUCAGCAAUUUUAGCUUCGAUCAUCUGGGGAAAUAAUAAUCAUAACCAUAAACAAAUUCAAUAAACAAAAACCAAAACAGUUAAAUUCACACUCUAGAAAAGAUUAAUUUCACAUAUUCAGAAUUUAGCAAUGAAAAGAUAUGGAUCAGAAUAUCUGGCUUGGAUUUUCGCCCCCAAAGGAGAAAAUACAUGAAAAGCGCUCAGUAAUUUCAGCUUUGAUCAUCUGGGGAAAUAUUCAUCACAUCCAUACGCACAUUCAUUCAACAUAAAGCAUUAUUGUUAAGCUCGAGAUAAAAACUGAAAAGACUUAUUUAUGAAGCUACACUAACAUUACGAAAAUAUAGAACAAAAUGAAAUGGAUAGAGAUGUAGCAAAAUAAAAUGGAAGAAUUAAAAGUCUCCAAAAUGAUAGCGAUGUAGCAACACAUGUAAAUAUUAACUUCCUACUGCUACUUCCACUUACCACCAGACGAAAACAUGAAAAUUGCGCUUAUGAUCUACUGUUAUUUCAUUUCAAAAAUCUUCAAAUUCCAUCUCCUAGACGCGUAUGAUGUUCAUUUUCCUGCAUAACAUUGCUGUUUCAUUACAUCAGGACCGACAAUUAGGAGACGACGAGGCAACGGUUUGUGAUGAAUCCUUCAUUACUGCAUUAGAGUAUGGAUUGCCCCCUACUGGUGGUCUAGGCAUGGGGAUUCAUAGACUUACAAUGUUGCUAACAGAUUCACUAAAUGUCAAUGUUUAGUAAACUCUAAUUCUUGGAAGUUUUUAAAAAGGCACAAUACAUAAACAUGCUCUUUAACUUGGCCUCAGAUCACAUCUAUGACCUCCAACUUUGAAUGUGCACAAGUAGGCACUUAAACUUGUAAAAAGUUGAACAAGCAGAUACUCACGUUCUAUGUGGUAUCUUACGUGGCCAAUUCUUGUCUUAAAUGGCGUCCUACGUAUAUUAUGUCACAUAGGAUGUGCGUGUCUGCUUGUUUAACUUUAUACAAGUUUAAGUGCUUACUUGUGCACACCCAAAAUUGAAGGUCAUUGAUGUGAUUUGGGAUCAAGUUAAAGGCAUGUUUGUGUAUUAUGCCUUUUAAAAAUGUGAGCAGAUAUGAAUUCUUACUCAACAUUUUUCUCUAUGUUCUCAGGAAGUUAUCCUCUUUCCAGCCAUGAGACCACAAUGAAAAGAAAGAAUUUACCAUGAUGAUCAGUUUGAUUGACUUGACAUGCAAGUCAACAUAAAAGUUUCAAAAUCAGUAAUUUAUUUAGUGUUUUCAUUUAGUAUCUCAACGUAAUGACUGUACAUUUUUUUAAUAGUCUUAUAUAUGUGUAAGAUGUUAGUAGGGGGUUUGAGCCACACGUGACAAAAGAGUUUUAAAAUGAAGUAUAGGUGACACAAGUCUUAAUUAUUAGGUGGAGGUGACAAUUACUUUAUUAUGGAUUAAGAAAGUUGGAAAAGUUUGAAAAUAACCCACAAGUUUUUAAAU